AUGUUCUGCACUAUUUCUCUCAUCCUUCUCGCUUUCUUCAUGGUGGAAAGUUCUAAACUGUGUUCUCACCAGUGUCUUUGUUAUGAUGCAUCAAAUAUUGUGGACUGUCGGUCUCGUAAAUUCACUCACAUUCCACAUACCAUUCCUCAUGGCACUUGGUUUCUGGACCUCAGAGAAAAUAAACUGGCGGAGCUGAAAACUACUUCUUUUAGUGGUAUAUGGGCAUUGCAAAUUCUGCUGCUCUCAACCAAUGACAUCCAGGUGCUGCAAUCCCAGGCUCUUUCCUCCCUGUCUUUUCUGGAGAGGCUGGACCUGAGCCACAACAAGCUCCAGCUCCUUCCUCUAGACUUCUCAGAGGGGUUGACUUCACUUAAAAACCUUCAGCUGGAUCACAAUGCCCUGGAGCAUCUUAAAACACCUUCUUUGGAGCACUUAGAGAGCCUUGAGAAACUUGAUCUCAGCCACAACUACAUCCAAGUCAUAGAUGUUGGGACAUUUCAUGGCCUCUCCUGUCUACGAUAUCUCAACCUGGCAUGGAAUCGACUAACAGUGCUUCAAGGAGGUUUGUUAACAAUGCAGCAGGGGUUGAGCAUCCUCUUGCUUGGCCACAACAACAUUUCCAGCAUUGAAACAGAAGCCCUAAGUCCUUUAAAGAGCCUCACAUUUCUCGGUUUGGAGGCCAACCAGCUAGAAAGUCUCAAAUUCAAGACGUUCUUGAAUCUCCAGACGCUUGGCACACAUCUUCAACUAUCAGAGAACCCAUGGACGUGCAACUGCGAACUACAUCGCGUCUUCAACAAAAUACUUCAUGUUCGACACCUCCAUGUGGACACUUACUGGAACAUCACCUGUCAUGCACCUCAUCAGCUGGCGGACACAUCACUUGCUUUGGUGGACAGUCAUCUAUGUAUGGGUGAAACAGCCACUGUAUUGCUCAUAUGUGGCACUGUGAUGGUUACUGUGGUAGCUGCAUUAGUAAUGGCGGAACGGAAACGUAAGGAGAAAAAGUGGAUGCAGGGAAAGCAUGGUAGCGAAUCAGAAGCCCCUUUGACGUAG